AUGGCGACUUGGGUUUACCCACCUAUCCCCCCAGAGCGCCUGGAACAGGAAGCCGACUCUGCCCUGGAGAAAGAGCUAGAAUGGCUGCUGCGCUCCUUGCAGGAUUCUCUGGCUUCCUUGAGGGAAGGCCUCCAGGAAUGCGCCGCGUUGCUGGCUCCAAAAGAGCCCGGCUCUACAUUAGUCUUAUCGUCGCUGCGGUCUGAGAGUGUAAAAGGCUUUGUCACCAGGAUUGGGACAAAGGUCGUAAAGGGGGAUAUCCAGCUGCGCCUGAGCUCUCUGAGCUCUCGAGGUGCACCUACAGCCCGGCUAUGCCUAUCAAAUUCUUCGGACGCGCCAGAACUGGCGCUCAGCCAAUUAGUCUCGGUUAGAGAUUCCGUCAGACAGUGCCUAGACAUCGUCGAUGUGAGCACCUGGACUGGCGAUCCACUUGAUGCGCGCUUCAUCUACAGCCAACUCCAUCUUCUUGGAGAGACAAUUGCGGAAGGUCGGCAAAUGCUCAAGGGCGAGACUGAUAUUGUUCGCGGCAAAUGGUGGGAGACAAGUGCGCCAGACAAUAUGUUCGACCCGCCUUUACCCCCUCAUCUCUCCUUUCAUUUAUCAAUCGCGGAUUCUGCCCUCGUGCUUUAUCUGAGAACCCUUGAAUCUACAACACAAACACACACUCCAACGGCCUUUGCGACAGAUAUCUCCUUGACGGGAUUUUCUAUACGGGAUCGAUUAUUCGGCUCUCGUCAAGCUAGCCAUGACGAGGCUGGGGAUGUAUUUUCCUGGAAGGGCGACGAGGUUAAAGUCAGGGAGAAGGUGCGCGUAGAGAGCCAGGACCCCAGUCUGAUGUCAGUGAUGGCCAAAUUGACUGCACUCUAUCACGAGGUGGUCAAGUGCAAGACUGCGCUUAAAGUUCUCAUGGGUAAUGAGGACGACGGUGAGUCCUGA